GACGUUUUUCUUCCAAUGGAAGGCAGUAUGAGACAGCGGAAUAGGGUACCGUACCGAAUAUUUAAUUUAUUUUACAAAAUGUCUCAAGCAAGAGAAUCUUUGAGUGAAUAUCUGGAGCGUCAUGAAAUUGUGAAAUACAUGGAAGAUGCAAUUAAUCAACUACUAGAACAAAAAGAUGAAACUCCAAAAAUGGUUCCCGCUCGAUUUUUAUCGGAUUAUUUUAAAAGUGCACAUGAAGGAACAAAUACUUUAUUUAGAGAGUUUGAAUAUGUUUCUGCCACAACAAAAAACAGAAAAAGUUUAAUCUCAUGUUUCUGGAGAUGCUUUAAUAAACUUGCAGGCUACGGCGAACUGCUGAGUGUUAAAGAAUAUCAUUCCCUACUAUGUUUGUUAUGUUAUGAUUUUCCAUUGGACAUUGUUCAGAGAACUGCACAUAUUGUGCUAAUGGAAGAUGCUCUUGACUGUUUAAUGUCCUUUAUAGACUUUGUAUAUGCAUUUCAAAUUCAGUUUUAUUACGAGGAAUAUUUAACUUUAUGUAAAGAAGUUUAUGAACAUUUGAUUAAUGGUUCAUCCAUUGUUGUUCCCACAUCUGAUACCUGGCAACAGAAAAAGAGAAAUUUUUCACAGGGGAACACUGAAGGUGUACAGAGUCAAGCUUUUUAUGAAGCGAUUGAGAAGCUAAAAGUAAAGCUACCAAAAAGUGCGCCAAGUCCAGACUCCCAACAUGUUCACAGUGAACUUUCUAAAUCUUCAAAAACGACAUACUUUGGGCUUCUCAUGGCUUUAAGUCGGAAUGAAGACAUCAAUUCUGAAAUUGGUGUUCUUCCAAACAGAGGAAAUGUCCAUCAUAGCGAUGACUCAUGAUUGAAAUUUAAUGCUGCUAGUUCAUUUAUUUUUUCUUCAAGCCAAAAUUAAAUUACCAUUUUAGAUACACUCUGAAAAUUUCAUAUGUUCUAACAACACAUUUGUCCCAUCACUAAUUAUAUGGCAUAAUUCAUCUAAAAUCAAUCCGAAAUAUGGUGAAUGCACAUGCAAAACUUGGAGCAGAUUCAACCUCGCUUUCGUGAGAUAUCGCGUGUAUCUAACUGACAAACAAACAGACAAAUACCUAUCAAUAUACUUACUGAUCUCAAGAUCGAUAAGUAACAAGUGCUGUUGUUAAUACACACACACUGUAACAUAUUACAUGAGGAUAUUCAAACCAGUCCCCCAACAAUUGCCAUAACUGGGAAAAAUAUAUUUGCUUAUCACAUUGGAAAUGAGGAUGCUUGAUUAUUCAGCAUGCAAAUUGUUACUUAUCGAUCUUGAUCGGUAAGUAUGUUGAUAGGUAUUUGUUUGUCUGUUAGAUGCACGCGAUAUCUCACGAAAGCGAGGUUGAAUCUGUUCCAAAU